AUGCUAGUUGCAGUUGUGGUAGCUUUUUUUAUCUGCUGGGCCCCGUUUCACGCUCAACGGCUCGUGGCAAUCUACGGUACCAAUGAAAAUCACCUAGCGAAGUCACCAAUUCUGCUAUCCGUGUACUAUUUCUUAACGUAUACUUCAGGCGUGUUUUACUACAUUUCUACAUGCAUCAACCCAAUAUUCUACCAUAUAAUGUCGAAUAAAUUUAGAGAGGCAUUCAAGUUUCAGAAGACAACGCUGUGGUGCUGCAGAUCAAGGGAGCAGGCCGUUGGAAAGCGAUGCUCCUACACCGCAAUGGCUUUCCCACGUAAUCCUACAACCAGUUCUGUCAACUCAGGUAAUUCAUUGAAGAAUUCAAUGCGACGUCACUCAAACCUAUGCCAAAAGUUCAAAAAACAAGCUAGCGGGGAGGGAACCAUCCCAACUAUAUACGAUUGUCGCAGUGGAAAAACUAGUUUAGGCACACCUGUGCGAGCCUAUAGAAAUUAUUCAACUGAUAAACAGCACGUUCUUAAAAAUGAAUUCAAAAAUACCAGGAAUAACUAUUUAGAAACUCAGCUAUGUGUUGCACAUGAAAUAUCUAAUCCUGUUUGUACAGUAUGCUGCACCUAUCCAUUAGCAACUGAAACGAUUACUGUUAGUCCAGAUGCAAUAACACCAGAAGAAAGUAAAGACUUUAUAAGUGACGAACCGGAAAAAUACCUAAAAGAAAUUAAAUUAAGGACAAUACAACGUGAUGAAGAAUACGGAUAG